UUGGUAACGUCUCGAGCUAACCUAGAUUGUUCUAAAGAACUAUAAACUAUGAUCUUGUCAAGAGAGAAGUGUUUUUUUCGUAUAUCUCUCAUUUCCUUUAUCAUUGUUUUAGAUUUGUUUGAUAGGUGAACUUACAUAAACUCUAUCAGACAUUAUUUUACGGACUAAAAACUGAAAGAAGAGCUGAAAGAAGUACCAAUUGGCUACAAGAGCAAAAAAGUUGUUUAUCAGGUUUCUGAUGAAAGCAUGGAAAGAACGACAAUAAUUUAUUUCUGGAUGCUAUCUGUCGCCGUUCUGUUUACGAGAACUUCCAGUUUGCAAUGCCAUCGAAGAAGCUACACUGGGAACAACACAGAUAUAAUCUGCAGGCCUGGUCAGGUCUGUUUAGGAGCACAUGUAGGAUACACUGUUGAAACAGAUAGUGGGGAAAGUGAUUUGGUUAAAAUGAGUCUAGGAAGCUGCUAUGACAGCAAUAACUGCCAAAAAUUUUGUGCAAACAGUAGUGCUACUGGAGUACAGGUAAAGACAUGUGAGGUAGACUGCUGUAACACGGACUUUUGUAAUGCCAAACACACAAAAACAAAAGGUGAAAUAAGAAAAUGUUUCGGCAUGAGACCACAAUCAACCGAUACAGCUUUAGUAUACUGCAACGCUGCAACCGAAAUGUGUUUUGGUGGCGCUAUGGAAUAUGUAAUUAAGGCCCCGCAAGGAAAUCUAACCAUUAAUGGACCAAUGGGAGGUUGCAUACCUAAAAGUUAUUGUAAUUCAUUUUGCAAGUAUUUUGACAGAACACCUCCUUUUAAACCGACCCUCCAUAAAUUAAUCAUGGGAAAAUGCAAGAUUGGUUGCUGCAAUACCGAUUUGUGCAACACAGAAGCAUUUGUUAAUAGUACAAUAAAAGAGGGGACAGAUAACACUAACGCAUCUAAUGUUCUCAGUGGAAAACAAAACUCUUUGGUGGCAUUAGUUUCAAUUAUUCUUUUACUAUUUGUGUUUAAUUUUUAUUAAAUUUAAUUUUUUUUUCAUUUUUGUUUAAUUAAAUAGGCACAAUUCAUUUGUAUAUGUAAUCGCACGUUUACGAGUGCAAUUAGGAAAUAAUCGAACGAGUAUUUUUUUUUGCUUUUAAUUUUCCGAGUCCGUGAGGACGAGGACAAUUUUGAAAAGCAAAAAAAAAUACGAGUUCGUUUAUUUCCAAUUGCACCAGGAACCGUUCGAUUACGAGCUAAUCACGCAAUGAACUAUUUUUGUAAGAGUAGCACAGGAUGUCAAUUUCAAUGUUUUGAUUUUUUUAUUACCCGAUUUGUAAUUAGUUCGAUUCAUUGUAAAGAUAUCUAUUUUGACUUAUCAUAAAACGCGAAUAAAUAUUUAUGGGUAUGAAUCCAAAAGCAACAGUAAUUAUUUUAAACGACAAGUAAACGCUUUAGAAAUUUUUUUUUUCUGUAUCGAAUGUUUUUUUUUCUCUUGUCCAGACUUAAUGAACCUUAUUGUUUUAUGACCUUUUUAUUACCUUUUUGUUUAUGGGCUUUUUUAUUAUAGUUCGAAUUUGUAACAUCAUAUAUAUUUUUUAAAUUAUCGGCGCUCCUUAAAGAGUGCGGUUAAGAUUUUAGAGUGAAAUUAAGAAAUAAUUGCACUCCACAGAGUGCAAUUACGAUAUAAUUUGCACUGUAGAAGAAGCGCCAAACAAGAAAAAUAGGUCAUCGUGUGAUUUCAAAUAUAAAUUAUAAUUUCCUUUGUAAAAGUUUAAUUACAAGGCAUUUUUAGAAAGAAAUAUUUAUGAAA